GGUCACUUUUCUCACCUCCCUUUUCCUCAAUCAAUUCCUCUGUUGUCCUUCUCCACAACAAUUCACCCUCACUUCCCUCCUUUCUCCCUUUCUCCCUCACCUCACACACUUAUCACUCCAAAUUCCAAUCAAAUUCAAGCUCCUUCUAGGGUUAGGGUUUCCAACUUCCCCCCAAUUACCCCUCUAAUGCGGUGCGCUUCCCCAUGGACCCAGCACCAAUGUACGGACACUCCCAGCCCUUGAACAUGCCCCCGCAGAUCGAAAGCGACGACGGCUCCGGCGCCGAGGCCGCCGUCGACGCCCACCACCACCACAUUCAGUACGAAACGAAUGCGCUCGAAGACGGUGCCGCCGCCGCCGGCGUCGUCGUCGAAGAUGUUACAUCCGAUGCGGUCUAUGUCUCCGGCGGUGGAGGCCCCGAAGAGUCCAGCCAGCUUACGCUGUCGUUUCGUGGCCAAGUUUACGUUUUUGAUGCCGUUACGCCUGACAAGGUUCAAGCGGUGUUGUUACUUUUGGGUGGAUGUGAGCUAUCAUCUAGUGGUUCGCCAUGUGUGGAUGCGGUUAAUCAACAGAAUCAGAGGGGUUCAACGGAAUAUCCAGCAAGAUGUAGUCUACCACAGCGAGCUGCCUCAUUAGAUAGGUUCAGGCAGAAGAGGAAAGAGCGCUGCUUUGAUAAAAAAGUGAGAUAUAGUGUACGGCAAGAAGUUGCGCUCAGGAUGCAUCGUAAUAAGGGUCAGUUCACUUCGUCUAAGAAACAAGAUGGAGCUAAUAGUUGGGGUACAGACCAAGAUUCAGGACAGGAUGAUAGUCAAUCAGAAACCUUAUGCACACAUUGUGGCAUUAGUUCAAAAGCCACCCCGAUGAUGCGGCGAGGACCAUCUGGUCCAAGGUCACUUUGCAAUGCAUGUGGGCUGUUUUGGGCAAAUAGGGGUGCUUUGAGAGACCUUUCUAAGAGAAAUCAUGAACUCGCUCUUGUACCAGUUGAGCAGGUUGAUGAACGGAAUGACUCAGACUGUCGGACUGCUGCCGAUCCUGCACAUAACAAUCUUGCUGCUUUCUCAGCAUGAUAAUCCCAGCUUUCGUAGCUAAUCCUUGAGUUUUCCAGUCUCAGAAAAUGCUUGAAUCGUGGACUCUGGCAUAAGUAGGUUUAUAGUAAUUUCAUUCAGAUUGACCAAUAGAAUGUACAGAUAUCACAAUACUCCCAUCAAUGCAAGAACUUUGUUCCUAUGAUUGGAUCAGUGGUAUUAAUCGUUGAUCUCCGGAUGUAUAACCUUAAAUUUAAAUGAUGGCUCGGCGAUAGUCUGACCCAAUACCUUGAAUUUAAGUUUACCUGUAGAUUUUUGUUAUACAGGAUUCCUUUGGCAACUCACAACUGUGACAUUUGGCAACUCACAAAUCGAGUCUUGCAAGUCAAAAGUUAGCCAAUUGGAUUCCUUAAUUAUUUUUACAACAGAUGGCUGCUAUAUGCAAGCUAUAUGAAUAUAGAAAAGUGUUUUGUGGA